AUGCAAUCAAUCUUAACUUAAUGUGCUACACUUGAUGAGGAAUUUGCAAAUUUGGUUCCAAUCAUAGAAAAUAUGGUUUAGGAAUUGUCAGUUGUAAGUAGAGAAUUCGUUACUUCUAAAUUGGAAUUUCUCAAAAAAUACUCAAUUUCUCUUAAAUCAAGCCAGAUCGAUGCUCGAAUUCAUCGAAACCAACAGAUUCGGAACCUCAUUGAAUAUAUAAAAAUGCAUAGACAAUCAAAAACUAAGUCAGUAAGUUAGAUUUGCUCAACUUAAAAAAAGAAACAAAAAUUUCAUACUGACUCUGGAUGCUAUCCUAUCUAAAAGAGCUAUUCAAUAUCUUGUUCCACUCUAUAAACAACAGAAUUCAAUACAAUUUCUCAUCAGUAGAAUAACAAAUAUAUUACCACAAAAAUACUCAAGUAACUUAUUACUAAAUAGAAAAAACAUUAAUAAAGAGCUAGCGAAUAAAUAUUUAAAUUAAUCAAUAAAUGCAUGAGUUUGAUCUCUGAGAAUUCACACCAAUUCCCCCAAUACUCAAUCUUGUUGGAAGAGUACAAAGCUCUAAAGAAAAAUAAUUUCUGUCUAGAAUAAAAAUUGAAUUUAGAACAAAAAUCCUAAUAAGUUAAAGAUAAUAUCAAGAAGUUACUACAAAGUUAAGAGUCAUUCAAAUCUUAUUUAAAUUCGAUUAUAUGA